AGUGUAUUAAAGAGUUUUUGAAAUGUUUUAAGAAAUAUUUUGCAUGUGGAUUUAAUAUUCGAUUUAUAUUAAAUCUAGACAGCUUUUAGAAAAUAAUGAAAUUAGAAAAGACAUUAAGAUAGAAAAAUAUGGAGUAAAGGAAUAUUUAAAUUUUUUGAGAGGAAAUGAGACAUAGAAAUUAAUAUCAAAAAUCGUAAAUAAUUUUGUGGAAGUCGUGAAAUAUAUUAGUACAAAAAUUAGUAAAACAUUGGAACCUGUUUUUGCGUAAUAUUUUGUUGCUAAUUACGAUUACAAAAACUUCACCUAGAAUAAUGACUUCAUGCAUUUACGGAGCAAUUAUUGCAUUGCUAUGCAUUUUUUGUUAUUACAACACACUUUACUGUGGCUUUGUUUUUGAUGAUAUAAGUGCAAUAAAGGAUAAUCGUGAUCUACGGCAGCAUACUCCUUUUAAAAAUAUUUUCAUGAACGAUUUCUGGGGAACCCCAAUGUACAAAGAGCAAAGUCACAAAUCAUAUCGACCACUGUGUGUACUCACAUUCCGUUGGAAUUAUGCAGUGCAUGGACUAGAUCCCGUAGGAUAUCACUUAGUGAACGUCGCUAUGCAUAUUCUGGUAUCUAUUAUGUAUUUUUGCAUGUGUACAACGAUUGUUCCUGAUUUAGUAGCUUUCAUUGCUGCUCUUUUUUUUGCUGUGCAUCCUAUACAUACCGAAGCUGUCACAGGAGUUGUUGGCAGAGCCGAAGUCAUGUGCAGCAUAUUUUUUUUAGCUGCUUUCAUUUCUUAUACAAAAGCUUCACUAAGUAGAAAGUCUACAGGAUGGCGUUACUUAUUUCUUUCGGUAGUUGCAGUUACUGCAGCCAUGUUAUGUAAAGAACAAGGAAUAACAAUCUGCGGAAUAUGUGCAAUAUAUGAAAUAUUUGUAGUUCAAAAAGUUCACAUGAAUGAUCUAAAGCAUAUGUUACAGAAUGUUACUUGUGGUAAAGCACCAUCAUUGACAAAUAAUUGGUGGCCUAAUGAAGCUACUCGACGUCUCGUAGUUCUAUGCUUAUCAACUGUUGGCUUGCUAUUUGCCAGACUCCAUAUUAUGGGAUCCCAGCUUCCUGUUUUUACAAGGUUUGAUAAUCCAUCAAGUGUAAGCCCAACGCCAUCACGUCAACUAACUUACAAUUAUCUCGUAUCAGUCAAUCUUAGACUUCUCCUAUUUCCUAACGAUCUGUGUUGCGAUUGGACGAUGGGAACGAUUGAGUUAAUCAAAUCUUUCAAUGAUGUACGCAAUGUGAUGACAAUUCUGACUUAUACAAUAUAUGGUUGGAUGAUUUGGUUGGCAAUCAGUUGUGAAAAUCGACGUAAGGCAAAUGCCCUUCUAAUGAGUCUUGCUUUCAUGAUUCUACCGUUCUUGCCAGCGUCAAACCUUUUUUUUCCUGUUGGAUUUGUUGUCGCAGAAAGGGUCCUUUACAUGCCAUCAAUGGGCUUCUGUUUAAUGGUUGCUUACGGUUUUCAUCUUAUCUUAGAACGAUGUUUUUCGAAAAAGCUGAUAUGGUUUUGCAUGGCAGCCUUUUUAAUGUCACAUGCCAUAAAAACAUGGAAUCGAAACUGGGAUUGGGAGUCAGAAUAUUCAAUUUUCAUGAGCGGUUUGAGGGUGAAUAAAAAAAAUGCCAAACUAUUCAACAACGUAGGACAUGCGCUUGAAAGUGAUGGAAAAUUUCUUGAAGCAUUAAAGUAUUUUCAAUCUGCUGUGAAAGUCCAAAAAGAUGACAUUGGUGGGUGGAUCAAUGUUGGUCGUACGUACAACCAUCUCAAAGAGUAUAAAGAAGCUGAAAAUGCAUAUUUGAUAGCGAAAAGUCUUCUUCCAAAAGCAAAACCUGGAGAAUCUUAUCAAACAAGAAUUGCUCCAAACCAUUUAAAUGUAUUCUUGAAUCUCGCAAAUCUCAUUUCAAAAAAUAUAACUCGUCUUGAAGAGGCAGAUUCGCUGUAUCGUCAAGCGAUAUCAAUGCGAAGCGACUAUACUCAAGCUUACAUCAAUAGGGGAGACAUAUUAAUUAAAUUAAAUCGUACAAAAGAAGCACAGGAGGUUUAUGAACGAGCCCUUUUAUACGACAGUACCAACCCUGAUAUCUAUUACAAUCUAGGGGUUGUUUUUCUUGAACUUAAUAAACCAACACAAGCAUUAGCUUACUUGGAUAAGGCUCUUGAAUAUGAUCCAGAUCAUGAGCAAGCUCUGUUAAAUUCUGCUAUCCUUCUUCAGGAAUUAAAUAAACCAGAGUUGAGAGAAAUUUCUAAGGAGAGGCUUUUAAAGUUGCUUCAAAAAGAUGAGCUUAACGAGCGAGUCUAUUUUAAUCUUGGAAUGCUUGCUAUGGAUGAUCGAAACAUUGAAGAAGCUGAACAGUUUUUUCGUAGGGCAAUUCAUAUAAAACAAGAUUUUAGAAGUGCUCUUUUCAAUCUUGCACUUUUGCUUGCUGAUGAUCAUAGACCUUUGGAGGCAGCACCCUUUUUAAACCAGCUUGUGAAAUAUCAUCCAGAUCAUGUUAAAGGCUUUAUUCUUCUUGGUGACAUUUAUAUAAAUAACUUGAAAGAUAUAGAUGCAGCUGAGAACUGUUACAAACAGAUUCUUCAAUUAGAUCCUGUAAAUAUUCAAGGCUUACAUAAUUUAUGCGUCGUUUAUGUUGAACGAGGUCUUCUUUCAAAAGCAUAUGCUUGUCUUCAUGAGGCACAUAAAUUAGCACCUGGUGAGGAUUACAUAAUGAAGCAUUUACAAAUUAUCGAUACACGAAUGGCCAGAUUAAAAGCUCUAAACACAAAAAGUCGUGAAAAAGAAUUAGCUUUCGCUGAAUAUGAUCCACGCGAGUUUGGCGGUCUGGUUGUAAAAGAUAGUGACAAAAUGAAGUUAAAAAUUUCACAACUCCCUAAACCUAAAACUAAAGAUGACACUAAAACAUUACGCACAUCUGAUGAACCCAUUUUUAUCGAGCCUAGUCAGCAAUCAGAAAACCAUCAGAAAUCCGAAAGUUUAAAACGUAUACAAAACAAUUUUGUCACUGAUUUAGAUGAUCCGUCUUCGGGGAUGUCAUAGUAGCAUUGCGGUUUUUUUACAGAAAACUUUUAGUGCCAAAAGUAAGUCGAGUAACUUUUAUACCUCUGUAACAUAAAAAAAAAGGAAAAACGAAAAGAUUUUUUUGAAAGAAUACUCUACGAUCAUCUAUAUUAACAGUAUAAAAAAUAUCAGUGAUUGGUGUUAUAUAAUGUGUUAUUUGCUUCUUCUUAUUUGCUUUUGGGCUUGGUGGAAGUUUUUCAAAUCACAAAAAAAAUGUGAAAGUUUCAAACAUUUUCGAUUAGAACAUUUUUAAAUAAUCGAGAGAAACCGACGAUGUGUUUAGUUUGAUAUUUUUGUACUACAUUCCCUUCUCAGCAUAGUCACUAAAUAAAUAAGAACUUAUGAUACUCAUAAUAAACAUUUUGCUUGCAUAAUUUAAAAAAUUCCUUAGAUCAAAAGCAAUUCUGUAAUACAUAUGACAUAAAUAAUUUACCAAAAAAAAAUUUAAAAUGAUUUUGUACAAAUGUUGAUUUUUUAAUUCUCAUUUUAUAUUCAUUGAUAGGUUUUUUUUAAACUUUUCAAAGACGUAAUUAAAUGUGAUGUUCGUGAAUUACAUAGAUGAGUAGAAUUAUAACAGAAUUGUUUGCAUAAUUAUGCAAUGUCAGAGUUUCAUAGACAAUUAGGUGAUGUAACUCAAAAUAAUGGGAUUUAAAAUAUAUAAAGAAAGACUGCGCUUUUAAGUAAAGAAAGGUUAUGAACUACGUACGAAUAUGCAUCUCUUUCAUUUCUUAUAUUCAUCAAGUUUAAAGGACAAAAAAAAUCGAAAUGACAGAUAAAUAAGUAUUGUACUUAAUGAUAAGCUUAAUAUGUGGUUAGUAUAACUGUUAGAAAAGGUUUUAUUUUAAGAUAAUAAUAAUGUACUACGCUUUGUUCUCCAAAUACUUCUGAAAGUCUGCUAAUCAUCCGACAGAUCGAGUGUGAAAGGAAAAGUGUGAAUGAAAGUUUCGAUGAAAAUAUGAUAAUAUUAGGAAGAUGAGAUUUAAAAAGGUUUUUAUUGCAUUUGUAAAAAAAUGCGUUUAUAUAAAAGGACAUCUAUUUUUCUAUAAAGAUGCAGAAAGGAAUCUCAAAAAUCUUAAGGGAAAUUUACAAAAAAAAAAUGAUAAAUAUGUGACAGGUGGAAAAAAAUUUUCAUAUUUUUGCUUCUAAUAUUGCGUUGCUUUUUUUCUAUCAAAUUUGAUAACACUAUAUCAAAAUUCAAUAAACCCAUUUUACAAAGAAGACAAAUUAAUGUUGUGCCUUGGAACAGAAAAAAAUUAUAAUUUGAGUUGAAAAAUUCCACAAGAUUUUGUAGCUGUUUAUUAAUGAUCGAAGAAAUUAGAUAAUCCAAAAAAUAACAUUCCUAAUAAUUAAGAAAUUAUAUUUUAAUUACAAUCAACUCUUGAUAAGAAAUGCUUUUGAUAAGAAAUUUCACUCGAUAUUAAAUUGCAUGUGACGAAAUCCUGAACAAAAUUUCUUCGAUCAGAAUUUUCACUUGAUGUAAAUUUUUGGUUCCUUCAAAUAUUUAUUAUCAAGAAUUGACUGUAGAAUACAGUUUUUUACAUAAAUUUUGGUUCCAAAAUAUUCAUUCAACAUUUUAAAGGAAAGUAUGGAUGAGUAUAAAUAAAGGGUAGUGAAAUGUAAAGAAAAAGAAAUAUAUUUAUUAAUAGAAGAAUAAAAAAAAUGUCAAACGAAGA